AUGGCUACCGUCGAAGCAUCCUCUCUACCAGACCAAGACGUCAUCAUUGUCGGCGCAGGCUUUGGCGGCUGCUAUGCGCUGCACUCUCUGCGACAGCAAGGCUACACGGCCAAGAUCCUCGACGCCUGCGACGAUUUUGGCGGUGUCUGGCACAUGAACCGGUAUCCCGGGGUGCGCGUCGACUCGGAGACGCCGACGUAUCAGUUCAGCACGCCGUCCGUCCGCGAAACGUUCAACUUUGCCGAGCGGUACUCUUCCGGCGCGGACAUGCGCCGCUACUUUUCCCACAUGGCCGACACGCUCCAUCUCCGCCAGGAUACCCUCUUUCACCAAAACGUCGUCGACGCCCGCUACGACAGCGAGACCAAGACGUGGGUGUUCAAGACGGAACAGGGCCUGACGGCGCGGUCACGCUUCGCCGUCUUUGCGACGGGCUCCAGCAACAAGGUCCACGUGCCCGAGUUCAGGAACAAGGCCGCGUUCAAGGGCCCCAUCAUCCACCCCAAGGCGUGGCCCGCGGACCUGGACCUGGCCGGCAAGAGGGUGGGCAUCAUCGGGCAGGGCGCGUCGGGCGUCCAGAUCCUGCAGGAGCUGGCCAAGACGGACUGCGCGCUGACAGUAUUCGUGCGCACGCCGCCGCACUGCCUGCCCAUGGGCCAGUGCCGCAUCCCCGCCGACGAGUCGGAGCACCAAAAGAGCUUCCUCGACGCCGCCUUUAGCUACGCAAAGUACGCCAGCACGUCCGGCUACCUGUGGAACGCAAGCAUCUCGACUACCUACGCGGAGCACACGCCCGAGCAGCGGCGCGCGCUGUGGGAGCAACUCUGGCGGCGUCGGGGCUUCGUCUUCCUGUCCGGCCUCAACUACGCGGACCUGCUGAGCAGCGAGGAGGCCAACCGGGCCGCGUGGGCGUUCAUGGCCGAAAAGCACCGCGCGCGCAUGACGGACGCCGCAAAAAGGGACGUCAUCGUCCCGCUGGAGCCCGACGCGUUCCUGUUUGCGCUGCGUCCGACGCUCGAGCAAGACUACUACGAAAUGGUGGACCGCCCCAACGUGCAGCUCGUGAGCCUCAAGACGUCGCCGAUUGCAGAGUUUGCCGAGAAUGGCAUCAUCACCGACGACGACGGGCAGCAGAAGCAGACACUGCACGAGCUCGACGUCAUUGUCAGCGCCACCGGCUACGACGCGGUGACGGGUGCCCUGUACGGCAUGAACAUUCGCGACCGUCACGGGACGCUGCUGCAGGAUAAAUGGAGAGACGGCAUCGCCUCGUAUCUGGGCAUGAUGGUCCCAGACAUGCCCAACGCCUUCAUCCUGUACGGCCCGCAGGCGCCCACGGCGCUGGCCAACGGGCCGCCGUUUCUCGAGCUGCAGGUCGAGUUUCUGAUCAAGCUGCUGGCGCGCGCCGAGGCCGACGGCAGUAGUAGGGCCGCCGCCAUUGAGGCGACCGACGCCGCGGCGCAGGACUGGCGGAGGAGGACGACGGACGUCUGGAAUGGCUUGCUCGCGCGCCACUCGCAGUCGUGGUGGGUGGGCGCCAACAUUCCGGGAAAGAAGCGCGAGCCGCAGAUUUGGGCUGGCGGUCUCCAGGAGUGGCGUCGAGCCUGUGACGAUGCGUUGAAAGACUGGUCACAUUUUGUCUAG